CCCGCACUGGGUCCUUCAACAGCUGUCUCUGUCCCAGCGCCAUUGGAUAUCAACAACCAAAUCCUCGCCCCCCCUCUUCCACGCUAAUCUAGGGCACAAUUAGAGCCUCCCUCUCACAAUGCCGGCCUCGCUGCAGCUCCUUCCCUUCUUCCUCCUCCUCUGCACCGCCGCCUCUGUCUUCCCUGUCUCCGCUACCGACCACAUCGUCGGCGCCAACCGCGGCUGGAACCCCGGCAUCAACUACACUCUCUGGGCUAACAACCACACCUUCUUCGUCGGCGACCUCAUCUCAUUUAGGUAUCAGAAGAACCAAUACAAUGUGUUUGAGGUUAACCAAUCAGGGUAUGACAACUGCACCACAGAGGGGGCCUUUGGGAAUUGGAGCAGUGGCAAGGACUUCAUCCCUCUCAACAAGGCCCAAAGGUACUACUUCAUUUGUGGCAAUGGGCAGUGUUUUAAUGGCAUGAAGGUGACCAUUCUUGUUCAUCCUCUUCCUCCUCCUCCAUCUUCUCCCCUUGCCUCCAAGAAUUCCUCGCCCUCCUCCGCCACACCCCGGACAGGUUCUCGACAAUGGCAGAUUCGUGCUCUGCUUGUCUCUUUGGCUUUGAUUUGGUUUGGAUCUGACUGGAUUUAGUUGAGCCAUGGCUGGGGUAUGUAGAGGAGUUUUAGUUUUGGAAUGGUUCUUCUGAGAUUUCUAAAUUUGGUAGCAGAAUUGUCUCCCAAUUCCCAAACUUGUGAGGGGACAUUGUUUGAUUGUUUUCAAAUUUGUAGGCUGGUUGUGAAUGCUUGGUUUGUUCUCAUUUGUAAUGACAAUCACAUUCAGCUUGUUUCAGUUCCUUCCAGUUUGCUCCCAAAUCGUGGGAGGAUUAAUUAAAGACAUUUUUUUUUUU